GGCGGUGGCUCCACCUGGGGAUUCCUGAGGCUGUGUUUGUGGAAGAUGUGGAUUCCUACAUGAAACAGCCUGGGAAUGAGACUGUGGAUACAGUGCUAAAGAAGUUGGAUGAACAGUACCAGAAGUAUAAGUUUAUGGAACUCAACCUUGCUCAAAAGAAAAGGAGGCUAAAGGGUCAGAUUCCUGAAAUUCAGCAGACUUUAGAAAUUCGGAAAUACAUGCAGAAGAAGGAGUCCACCAAUUCAGUGGAGACCGGAUUCUUACUGGCAGAUAACCUGUAUGGCAAAGCUUCAGUUCCUCCUACCAAUAAAGUGUGUCUGUGGUUGGGAGCUAAUGUAAUGCUUGAAUAUGAUAUUGAUGAAGCUCAGGCAUCAUUGAAAAAGAAUUUACCCACUACCACAAAGAAUCUGGAUUCUCUUAAGGAAGACCUUGACUUUCAUCAAGAUCCAUUGACUGCCACUGAAGUCAAUAGGGUCAGGGUUUAUCAUUGGGACGUAAAAAGAAGGAACAAAGAUGAUUCUACCAAGGACAAAGCAUAAUUCUGGCAAUGAAAAAUGUGGCUCAUUUUUCCAAACAUGUUUUUUUAAAUAUUCCAAAGUUUAUUCUUAAAGGU